CCGUGUUUGCAAACUGCGCCCUUUUAAUUUUUUUUUUUUUUACAUUUUUUGAUAUAUUUUUUUUGUACCGGGCCGGAUCCGCCCGGACUCUGCUCCAUCACGUGGCUGCCCUCUGGCGAGGCAGUAGAAAACAGCAGAGCUGGCCUCUGCAGUGGGAGAGGUUGGACGUCCCAUCUCUCGGUGCUGAAUGGCUACUAUGGCGCCCGCUCUCACUGACGCAGCAGCUGAAGCUCACCACAUCCGGUUCAAACUGGCUCCCCCAUCCUCCGCCCUGUCUCCUGGCAGUGCCGAGAACAACGGCAACGCCAACAACAUACUUGUCACCACCAACGGCACCAAGAGGAAAGCUGAGGAUUCCAGCCUAGAUUUUCGAAAUAACCCUACAAAGGAAGAGCUGGGAAAGCUGCAACCCCUGGUGGCGUCCUACCUCUGCUCGGAUGUAACAGCUGUCCCUCCAAAGGAGUCUUUAAAACUUCAAGGGGUCUUCAACAAACAGACAGUCCUUAAGUCUCACACUCUGUUAUCUCAGUCCUUCUUGAAAACUAGUGACCUGUUGGGGAGGCAACCAGUGUUGGAGUUUUCCUUGGAAAACCUAAAAACCAUGAGUACGAGUAAUCAGACGCCUCUGCCACAAGCACCUGUCAAUGGAUUGGCUAAAAAGUUAGCUAAGAGUAACAGUUCUGAUCAUGAAAACCCUGCUUCACUUAAUGGUGGGAAGCGUGCUGUCCCUUCUACCACUCUCCAGGAUGUUGAUUCUAAUAGGCCUGGGGGCUCUGAUUUGGGGGACCUGAAAUCAGGUUUGACCAAUUGCACUCUUCCGCACAGGAACCUUGAUGUGGAGCACACAGCUCUACUUAGCAAUAAUGGCACUGCAAAUAAGCGUACCCUAAAUUCCCCAGAACAUGGAUUUGAAGGGGGCAGUGGAGAGAACAGGUUGCUGACGUUGUCUGGUGUGCCUGUUCCUUCUGACCUUGGGAGCAGCAAACCUGAAGAGAAGGUCUCUCUGCCGAACAACUCCUUCAGUACCUUGGAUUCAGACAUGAGGACAAAGGUGUUACUGCGGCGGCAGGUAGACAUUGAAAAUCGUGCUCGGCGGCUACAAAAGCGCUUGCAGGUGGUGCAGGCCAAACAGGUGGAGCGACAUAUCCAGCAGCAGCUGGGUGGCUUCUUGGAGAAGACUCUGAGCAAGUUGCCAGCUUUGGACUCUUUGCGACACCGGAGUCAGCUGAUGCUGACCCGAAAGGCCGAAGCUGCGUUGAGGAAAGCGGCGAGUGAGACGAGUACUUCGGAAGGACUGAGCAGCUUCCUGAAGAGUGACUCUAUCUCAGAAGAACUGGAGAGGUUUACGGCCAGUGGGAUGGCUAACCUGCGAUCCUGUGAGCAAGCCUUUGACUCUGACGUGACAGACAGCAGCUCGGGUGGGGAGUCUGAUAUCGAAGAGGAGGAACUGACCAAAGCAGACACUGAACAGCACCAUAUACCACUGUGA